CGCAAUAUUUAAUUAACUGCAACAGAAACAGUUGAAUUCCAACAGUCGACAGUGUAUUUAACAAGUUAAAACAUUUAAAUCGCUUACAGUGGCCAUGCAGAAGUCUUUGCUGCUGUUUGGCGCGUGCCUGGCCCUGGCCUGGGUCGUCACUGCGGAACCAAAACUGUUGCGUGUACCGUUAAAUAAAUUCCAAUCCGCACGCCGGCAUUUCGCUGAUGUCGGCACCGAGCUGCAGCAAUUGCGCAUCAAGUAUGGUGGCGCCGGCGGCGUCUCACCCGAACCACUCUCCAAUUAUCUGGAUGCUCAGUACUAUGGCCCCAUUUCGAUUGGUUCGCCGCCACAGAAUUUCAAGGUAGUUUUCGAUACAGGCUCCUCAAAUUUGUGGGUGCCUUCGAAGAAAUGUCACCUGACCAACAUUGCGUGCCUCAUGCACAACAAAUACGAUGCCAGCAAGUCGUCAUCGUAUAGCAAGAACGGCACCGAAUUCGCCAUACACUAUGGCUCGGGCAGUUUGUCGGGUUAUUUGUCCAGCGACACGGUCAACAUUGCCGGCCUGGACAUUAAGGAUCAAACCUUUGCCGAGGCACUGAGCGAACCGGGUCUGGUCUUUGUCGCCGCCAAAUUCGAUGGUAUUCUCGGACUGGGCUACAGUUCGAUAUCUGUGGAUGGUGUCAAGCCUCCAUUCUAUUCCAUGUUCGAGCAGGGUUUGAUCUCCCAGCCGGUAUUUUCGUUCUAUUUGAAUCGUGAUCCCAAGGCGCCAGAGGGUGGUGAAAUCAUCUUUGGCGGUUCCGAUCCCAAUCAUUAUACGGGCGACUUUACCUAUUUGCCGGUAACACGCAAGGGCUAUUGGCAAAUCAAGAUGGACUCUGCUCAGCUUAACAAUCUGGAGCUGUGCAAGGGCGGCUGCCAGAUAAUUGCCGACACUGGCACCUCGCUGAUUGCUGCGCCCGUCGCAGAGGCUACCUCUAUCAAUCAGGCUAUUGGUGGCACGCCCAUUGUGGGCGGACAGUAUAUCGUGUCCUGUGAUAUGAUACCCAACCUGCCAGUCAUUAAGUUUGUGCUGGGCGGAAAAACCUUUGAGCUGGAGGGCAAGGAUUAUAUUUUGCGUGUUGCUCAAAUGGGCAAGACCAUCUGUCUGUCUGGAUUUAUGGGCAUGGACAUACCGCCACCAAACGGACCACUCUGGAUUCUAGGCGAUGUCUUCAUUGGCAAAUACUACACCGAAUUUGACAUGGGCAACGAUCGCGUGGGCUUUGCCGAUGCCAAAUAGAGCGUCAACCCAAAGCUAACCUAUUAUAUUAUACAAAAAUAUGCUAACAUUUUAUUGUAAUUCGAAAAUCGAUAGACUCUUCUUGCAAUUGAGAAUUAAAUUACACCAUUAAUAUUGUAGUCUAUAAAAU